GGGACUUUUCUUUCUUUUUUUCGACAGAAGGAGGGGUGUUGUGGGGAAAUGCUCGGCGGACCGUGAAGCGUAACAGCAAGAAGAGGGACAAAGACGCGCAUAGCGGGACAAAAUGCGACAGACAGAAACCUCUUCCAACUAAAAAAAAACACAACAACAUCGGAAUGCGCGGAUGGAUGUUAAAAGUGGUCGAGCUGGGAAGAGAAGUCGAAACCAAGAAUGGCAAGAAAGAUGAUUUCAAGUGUACAAACUGAGUUGUGGACAAUGACUGUGGUUAGAGUGCGCGUUAACUUUGGAUAGCCCCGCGGCGCGUUUCACAGAGCUGCACCGGUGGCACGGAGCAGGCACAGGCUCCACUCAGGAGUGUGAUUCCCCACUUUUGAACGGACAUGCUUCCCGGAAUGACUGUUUCUGCGCUGUUUCUCUUUUUUGCAGCCACGCGUGGUGAUUUCCCCGAGUCAGAUCCUAUUGGAGAACUCAGCAGGAGGAGGCAAACUUAACAUGUGUACAAGUUUUCGUGGAUAAUUUAUAAAAAGGACUAUUUUCUUCGACCGCGUUGGUGACAAACUUUAUAUGGAAUACUUCUGAACUCAGAUAUAUUGUCCUGAUCCUAAUGUGCUGGUUAGGAAAGUGCACGUCACCGAACUAGAACUCCAUCCAAGCAUGAAAUGUUGGUGCAGCGCCCUGGCACUUCUCCCAUGGGUGCUGGUGGCCUUAGAUGCCCAGCUAAUCUGCUGGCAGGCGCUCCUCCGGUGCCACGAGGAGCCCGAGUGCGACCUUGCGUACAGUCAGUACAUGGCAGCUUGUGAGGGUAACAUUAGGGGGACGAGGAGGCAGUGUCCGAGCCACUGCAUCAACGCGCUCAUCAGGCUGAAUCACACCCGUAGCGGGCCGGACCUGGAGACCUGCGACUGCGCACAGGACUUGGAGUGCCUCAGCGCCAAGCGAGCCAUAGAACCGUGCCUCCCCCGCAGACACCCGAGCGAUGCCGGGGGGAUCGGGUGCAUGGAGGCCCGGCAGCGCUGCGAGGAAGACAUCAACUGCCACACCUCCCUCACGGCCUACUUGUCAUACUGCGGGCAGCUGUUCAAUGGCAGGAAGUGCUCCUCCAAGUGUAAAGCCACCAUUCAGCAGAUGCUGUUCAUCCCGAAUGGCAUGCUGCUGAACCGCUGCGUUUGUGAUGGGGUGGAGAGGCCUUUCUGUGAAGUGGUGAAGGAGAACAUGAGCAAACUGUGCUCUAUAGGAGACCACAUUGUUAUAUCAGACCAGCCUGAUGUGGAUGACAUCUAUGAGGAUGAAGACUAUGAUCCUAAAAACGACAGAGAGGAGGUUUAUACUGAUCAUUCCUCUGCUCCACAGAGGCUGUCCAGUUGCAUGCUGCUCCUGUGUCUUCCUCUGGCAUGGAUAUUGUGCUGAGACAAUGUGUACUUGAAAAUUUGUUGGAUUAAUAGAUGACAGUGUGUCCAGCAGGAAAUCAGCGGCUUGAUCAGUGGGCCGGCUUGCUGGCGCAGGACUCAGACCAGGUCUGCUGGAUAAGGGAAGCUAUUUUUUCACCC